AUGAAACUGGCUGCUCUCCAUGUCCUUGAUAGGAAUGGAGUCGUCCGAAAAUUGACACAUUCAAGACCUGAUGCUCUUCCAUACCGAAUGAAGAGAUAUCGAGAGGUACACUCCACUGGAAGUUAUAUGACGAUGGAGUUUGAUGCCCAUCCUUCGACAAUGGAGUCGUUGCUAAAAGCUGUUGCUUUCGAGGAACAUGUUAUUAGGCAUAAUGUUAUAAAGCUGGGUGAUUCGGUGAAGAAGACAGCUUCGUUACGGCCUGAAACUAUAGGUGCAUCAUGA